AUGGCGCCCCUGGGAGAUGCCGACCACUGCAAAGACAAGGCCCGGAAGGAUCUGCUGGCUCUUCUUGAAGGCGCUCGCGGGAAGAAGAACCUCGUUAUCAGCCAGGAGCUGGCGGGUCCAGUCGGCUUGUUCGUCAAGUUCUCCGAACUCCAACAGUAUGGCGUAGACCGCGUCUUUUUGCUGGAAAAUGCAAAUAUCGACUCAUCGCAGCGCAAUGUCGUGUUUUUGGUUCGCGGUGAAAAGGCAAACCACGUGCGGACAGUGGCAGAGCAAAUCAAACGCCUACAGAAUAAUGGAAACGUUGAACAUGAGUUCUCUAUUUUCUUCGCUCCUCGGCGUACCCUGGUAAGCAAUGCUGUGCUCGAGGAGGCGGGCAUUAUCGGUGAUGUCAACAUUGCCGAGUUCCCGCUCUAUUUCUUGCCACUGGAGCAAGAUGUGCUAUCAUUGGAGCUUGACGAUGCAUUCGGCGACCUGUACUUGCAUAAGGACCCUGGCUGUAUCUUCCAUGCCGCCAAGGCGCUCAUGGGUAUCCAACAGAGGCAUGGAUACUUCCCUCGCAUUGUCGGCAAGGGCGAUAAUGCGCGCCGUCUAGCAGAUUUGUUGUUGCGAAUGCGCAAAGAGCUGGACGCGGAAGAGAGCUCUGGGCUGGCUGAUCCCUCUUCUCGUGGCCUUCUUCCGAGUGCCGAUACAGAGAACUUGAUCAUUAUCGAUCGUGACGUGGACUUUGGAACACCCCUUCUCACGCAACUUACAUAUGAAGGCUUAAUUGACGAAUAUGUGGGCAUUAAACACAACCAGGCCGAUGUCGAUACCAGCAUAGUGGGACAAGCAUCUGCACCACAACCACAGGAGUCGUCUAAAACACCGCAGCAGGUGAAGCAAGGUCUUAAGAGAAAGAUACAGCUUGACGCAUCGGAUCAACUCUUUAGUCAACUGCGAGAUGCGAACUUUGCCAUAGUGGGUGACCUGCUAAACAAGGUGGCUCGCCGGCUGGAAAAUCAAUAUGAAACACGGCACACCGCUCAGACAACGAAUGAACUCCGCGAGUUCGUCAAUAAACUACCAACUUACCAACUGGAGCACCAGAGCCUUCGAAUCCACGCUAAUCUGGCGGAGGAAAUUAUGCGACUCACUCGAUCGGAGACGUUCCGUAAAAUACUCGAAGUGCAACAGAACAACGCCGCCGGUGCUGAUCCAAUCUAUCAACAUGAGACUAUCGAAGAGCUCAUUUCACGGGACGUCUCAUUGAAAAGCAUCCUACGCUUGUUGUGUCUAGAGUCGUGCAUGUCUGGAGGACUGCGUCCUAAAGACUUGGAGAACUUCAAAAGACAGGUCGUCCAAGCCUAUGGCCACCAGCAUCUCCUGACUUUCUGGGCACUGGAGAAGAUGGAGCUUCUGCAGCCUCGCUCUUCAGCCACGGCCAUGCUCCUCCCGACCUCCGGCGCGCAGGCCGGCUCAAAAACCAAUUACGGGUAUCUGCGAAAGAAUCUGAGACUAGUGAUUGAGGAAGUCAGCGAGAAGGAACCCAACGACAUCUCCUACGUUUUCAGUGGCUUCGCUCCACUUAGCGUUCGCCUGGUUCAAUGCGUGCUCCAAAAGCCACAUAUUCUCUAUUUGCUUAAGGGCGGAUCACCAGCGGCAUCAAUAAACAAUGCGAGCACGGCAUCACCCGGUUGGCUCGGCUUCGAGGACGUGGUCAAAAGCGCUCGAGGGUCGACGUUCAGCAUUGUCCAAAAGGGUGAUGAUAAGGCUGUUCGAGCUCGGCAGACGCUUAGCGGAAACUCUGCCACAAAGACUGUGUACGUGUUCUUCUUGGGUGGAAUCACGUUUACCGAAAUUGCGGCGCUGCGCUUCAUCGCUGCUCAGGAGGCGCCGCGGCGCAAGAUUAUCAUCUGCACCACGGGUGUCAUAAGCGGCGACCGCAUGAUGGAAGCAGCCAUUGAGAAGGGAAGUUUUGCCAAGAAGCCGGAGUAG